AUGGCCACAGCCACCACCGCCUAUCAUUGCAACGCCGUCCUCCACCUCCCCAGACCUCCGCACUUCCGCCAGCUCCCGCCGCCUCUCCCCGCCCUCGUCACCCGCGGAGCCGCGAGCGCCGGGCUGGGGUCGGCUCGUCUCGGUCCGAGGGCGAGGGCAAGUUCCGUACCGCCACCGCCACCAUUUUUUGAAACCGUGGAAGAGGAGGAGGAGGAGGAGGAGCGUGGGUGGUCGGAUGCGGAGGCGGGCUUCAGUGACGAGGCGGAGGAUGAGCAGGAGUGGGCGGGCGGCAACGGCGCGGCGCGCGGGGAGGACCUGGGCGCGGACGCCGGCGAGGACCUCAGCGGGUGGGCGCGGCAGUGGCCGCGCCCGCGGGAACUGUUCGUUUGCAACCUCCCGCGCCGCUGCGACGUCCAGGACCUGCUCGAGCUCUUCACGCCCCACGGCACCGUCCUCUCCGUCGAGAUUUCACGCGAUGCCGAGACUGGAAUUAGUCGAGGAACUGCUUUUGUUACGAUGCGUUCUUUAGCAGAAGCUCGGACAGCCAUCAAUGCUCUGGAUGGCUUUGUCUUAGAUGGGCGUGAAGUUUUUGUUAAACUAGCAUCUGAUGUCAUUUCCAAUAGGAAAAAUGUGAACCUGGCCCAUAUAACACCCAUGAAGGACCACAUCUUCGAGAGCCCACACAAGGUUUACGUCGGCAACCUUGCGUGGUCUGUUCAGCCCCAAGACUUGAGAGAACUCUUUACUCAGUGUGGAACCGUUGUUAGUACAAGGCUGCUGACAGAUCGCAAAGGAGGCAGAAACCGAGUCUAUGGGUUCCUCUCAUUUUCUUCCGCUGAAGAGCUUGAGGCAGCGUUAAAGCUUCACAGAACGGUCUUUUUCGGACGGGAUAUCGUAGUAAAGGAAGCUAUUGUAGAGCGCCAGACACGCUGA